AAGGGGAGCGUGAGCUCUGAUCCUAGGUCUCAUUUACAGUGCAGCAGCUGCUUUUAUCGCACUACUCCUGUCUGGGAUCUCACAGGAUAGUGCACAUGGUUUUGCCUAACUGCUAACAAAGAUCCUGCUGCGAUCAACUCAGAAUUACCCCCAAUAUGAGACCUUAUUAGUGGAAAUACAGAAGAAAAGAUGCAAACCAACUCGCAUCAACUAAUGUUAUUCAAUUCAAUGUUCUCGUUCAAACCAUCCGGAGCCAAUGUACCCAAUGUGAAUAUCCAGAAGGCCUCCCUUGUACUCAGGAGACGAGGAAGGCUCUGGUCACCGCAGGAGACUCAGAACUUCAAAAUAAAGUAGCCACUUUUGAUGGAUCACUAUCGUUACUUUAUUUUCAACCAGCGGAGCAUGGUGGUGCUGGGAAUCCUCCAGAUUGCAUGUGCUGGGGUGUCUGUGGUUUGUGGCUUCAUGGAUGGAGCCUUUAGGAAAGAAUCCACAUUGGGGAACACCAGAGCCCCACUCUGGGCUGGAAUGAUUAUGGCGGUUCCUGGAGUGCUGGCUCUAUUUUCAUCACAGAAGAAAAAUCCUGUACUAGUGAACACACUUAUUGCUGCCUCCGUGUUUUCUUGUUUCACUACCAUAAUCAUGAUCGUGUAUGCGUGCUUAACUCUGGCUUAUGGGGAGGAUGACGAUGACGUAUUCUCUCAUACACCUGUACACAUUAUUCAUACAAAAUUCAUACUUGGUCGGCUGGUUCAAGGAGCAAAUAUAGCUAUGCUUGUAGCGUCAUUCUUCAGCCUUUGCGUGGUCUUGUGCAUUGCAUUUAUGGGCUGCAGAAGUUUACCGCAUUGUAUGUGCUAUGACAACAUCACAGGAAUGGAAUGGUUACACCCUGAGCGUGAGCAAUCUCAGACUGUUGAACUGGUGUGCACUUUCCGUGGGGGAGAUGACAGGAUAUUUAAUGCUCCAGUACAAUUCUCCGAUACCAGUGUAGAAACAGAAGAAGAGUUUUCUCGUCCUCCACCAUAUGUCAGACUUUCUUGAACAAAACCACAAAAGAUAACCGUAAUCUAGGAGGGCUGGCGACAGUCUGAACAUUUACCAGACUUACUGAAGGCCAAUUAGGCUGGUGAUGUUUUACCUUCCGAAAAACUUUUAGAGCUACUUUAAUUCUAGUCACUUUAUUAGUUUUCUGCAAACUUUUUUUUAAUAUGUGAUUUUAUGUUUUUGUUUUUCCUCAUCAUUUGCACUAAACUUUUUUUAUAUAUAUAUAUAUAUAUAUAUAUAUAUAUAUAUAUAUAUAUAUAUAUAUAUAUAUAUAAUUUUUUUUUCAAGAAGUGUGUAGUUCAUCAGAUCGCUUUGAGUUAUUUUUCCCAAUCACGUUUCCUUUGCAACACAUACGUAAUAUUUAAAUUAAGCUAGUGUUAAUGGCUUGGAUGAAACGGCUUAUGGCUAUGCAGAGCACAUGGUCAUGGGGAAAAGUAUGUACCUUUGCCCCAAAAGCUGUUUUGCUUUUGGUUGAAAGGUUAAAACAAUUUUUAAUAGAGCAUUCAGUGUUGAACUAUCAAAAUGUUCAUAAACACUAUGUACUGGUAGGUGUUGAUUCUGUGUUGGUGGAAACAUGCAGUUUUAAAACAAUAAAAUUUGAAUUUCUAGCCAAA